AAAUCUCAGAGACACCACGCACUCAUUCACACACACAUACACACACACACACACACACCCUCAAGCCGCGCUACGACUGGAGCCAUGGAGGGGUUCCCGUGGAAACUUUUAAUACUUUCUUGCCUGGUUUUUAUGGGGAGCUCCGCGCAAGACUUCGGACAGACGCAGUUUAUAUGCACGUCCGUGCCCAAGGAUAUGGACCUGUGCACGGCUACGAUGCAGAACAGCGGGCCGGCGGAGGACCUGAAGACCACGGUCAUGCAGCUGCGGGAGACCGUGCUGCAGCAAAAGGAGACCAUUAUGAACCAAAAAGAAACCAUCAGGGAGCUAACCUCCAAGUUGAGCCGCUGCGAGAGUCAGAGCCUGCCCGCGGCGGCGGCGGGACCCGGUGGGAGGCGGCCGGGGUCGAAGAACACUAUGGGCGAUGUUUCCCGGGGCACCACGGACACUCUGGCCCAGCUGGGACAGACUUUACAGACGCUCAAGCAGAGACUGGAGAAUCUAGAGCAAUACAGCCGAGGGAACAACACCGUGCAAGCCAACAGCCUGAAAGAUCUGCUGCAAAACAAGAUAGACGACAUGGAGAAGCAGGUUCUGUCCCGGGUCAACACGUUAGAGGAGACCAAACCGGGCGCCAGGAAUGAGACCGAGCAGCGGAACAGAGUGGAGUCCACGCUCACAUCUCUGCACCACCGGAUCACAGACCUGGAGAAAGUCAAAGACACCAGGCCAGCAGAUAAGUUCCAGCUCACCUUCCCCCUGAGGACCAACUACAUGUACGCCAAAGCCAAGAGGAGCCUCCCUGAGAUGUACUCCUUCAGUGUGUGUCUGUGGAUCAAGUCCAACGCCUCGCCUGGGGUGGGGACACCCUUCUCCUACGCUGUGCCGGGUCAGGCCAACGAGCUGGUCUUGAUCGAGUGGGGGAACCACCCCAUGGAGAUUCUCAUUAAUGACAAGGUUGCAAAGUUGCCUUUCCUCAUCAACGAUGGAAAAUGGCAUCACCUCUGCAUCACAUGGACCACCCGUGACGGGAUGUGGGAGGCCUUCCAGGACGGAGUGAUGCGUGGCAGCGGGGAAAAUCUGGCACCGUACCACCCCAUCAAACCAGAGGGAGUGCUGGUCCUGGGACAAGAGCAGGACACGCUGGGAGGAGGCUUUGAUGCAACCCAAGCCUUUGUCGGAGAGCUAGCAAACUUAAAUAUCUGGAAUAGGAAACUUUCUAUUGGCGAAAUCUACAACUUGGCGACCUGCAACAGCAAAGCACUGGCUGGCAACGUCUUCUCCUGGACGGAGAACAACAUUGAAAUAUUUGGCGGAGCGACCAAAUGGACCUUCGAGUCUUGCCGUUCGCCCAACUGAACUGCAUUUCACCGUUCAAGAAAGGCCUCUCUGUAUUUCUGAGCUUUUUUCGUUCUAGUCUUCAUUUGACGUUUGUUAGAGACUAUUUGAGUUAUUGGUAAGCUUAUAUCUGGGAUUUCUAUCAUUCUUAGGUAUUCAUGUGCUAAACAAAAUUUUUCAUCUUGAGGAAAAAAAAAUCUAAUUCUUCUUGGGAACCUCAGUGAGAAAGUAUUGGUAUCUGUUGCUCCUUUUUUUUCCCUCAGACGUUCAGUUAGAAGCACACCUAAGCUUUUCAUUUGGCUUGUUUCGUCUUGGACUGGCAGCUGGCAAUCUGCACCUUAUGUUUGGACAAUUCACAAUCCAAGUGAGGAAUUACAUAACCGCUCCCACCCCUUCCCUCUGGAGAGUGGGAGAUUAUGCUGUCCGUCCAAUU